CUGCUGAAAGUACCUCCUCUACGUCACGCUUACUCCCCCGACCGCUGGGAAUCCCUCUCCUGCCGUCGUUCAGCGGUCGCUUCUUCCGACGACGGCACCAGAAUCAAUCUCUCCGAACAAUUCUCCCCCCUUUCGUUUCUUUCAUCUUGAGAUGAUGGCGGCAGCGCUUGAUCAACCCCUCUUCGAGUCGAUCGCGGGCGGUCCGGCGACCCAUGCGGCCUCAAUCACUCCGCCGCAAAGCGCCAACGGCAAGAAGGAGGCCCCCGAGGGCGUGCCUUCGGAGCUAUCGGAUCUUGAACUGGACCACAAUGUCCCCGGAGCUCAGGAGGAGAUCCCAUCGGUGGAGGCUGACGACGAAGUGAUUGAGCCAGACCACUACUAUGGUGGUGGCAAGGUUCCCGUCUUCAAGCCGACCAUGGAUCAGUUCCGGGACUUUCAGUCAUUCAUCAACAAAGUCGAGGAAUACGGCAUGCGAUCGGGUAUUAUCAAGAUCAUCCCCCCAAAGGAGUGGUCUGAUGCCCUCCCGCCGCUCGACGAAGCCGUGAAGAAGAUUCGCGUGAAGAAUCCGAUCAUGCAGGAGUUCCACGGUUCGCACGGAACAUACACACAGGCCAACAUCGAGAGACAGCGAUCAUACAAUCUGCCCCAGUGGAAAGGGCUGUGUGAAGAAAGCAGCCAUCAACCUCCCGCACGCAGAGGUGAACGACGCCGAAAUCAGGAGCGGGUGAAUCGCGCCCAUCCUGCGCCCCGAAACCAGACGCCUCGAGCAGAUUCGCAGAAACGUCGUCCAGGUCCGGGCCGCCCGCCCAAACGGUCCAACCAGGUUAAGGUCAAGGAGGAGCCUCCUGCAGAGGAAGGCCUUGACAAAAUCAAGCCGGAAGGUCCUCCGACUCCUGUCUCUCCGGAGUCAAAUCCAGUCGAGACGAAGACGGAGGAACUGAGCGAUGGCGAAUCUCUACCCGGCCCGAAGCCCAAAGGCCGGCAGCCCAAGUCAGUUACUGCGCGGCGAAAACACAACAAGGGCGGUGAUGCAGUCGACUACGUGGACGAGGAUGCCUUUAAAGACUUCGAUUACCGCAUUCAUGACAGCGAAGAGUACACGGCAGAGCGAUGUGAGGAACUAGAAACCGCUUACUGGAAAUCCUUGAUGUUCAACAAUCCCCUGUACGGUGCUGAUAUGCCUGGCUCCCUCUUCGAUGAUAACAUCACGACUUCGUGGAAUGUUGCCCGGUUACCGAAUUUGUUGGACGUGCUCGGCCAGAAAGUACCGGGUGUUAACACUGCAUACCUGUACCUGGGUAUGUGGAAAGCGACUUUCGCCUGGCACCUGGAGGAUGUGGAUCUGUACAGCAUCAACUAUAUCCAUUUCGGAGCUCCGAAACAAUGGUACAGUAUUUCUCAAGAGGAUGCUCCUCGGUUCGAACAGGCCAUGAAAAGUAUUUGGCAAAGUGAUGCCAAGAGCUGCGAUCAAUUCCUCCGCCACAAGACUUACCUUGUCUCGCCCAGUCUACUCAAAUCCCAGUAUGGCAUCACAGUCAACAGAUUGGUGCAUUACGAGGGCGAGUUUGUCAUCACUUAUCCAUAUGGCUACCACUCUGGCUACAACCUGGGUUACAACUGUGCCGAAUCCGUCAAUUUCGCUACGGAAAAGUGGUUGGAAUAUGGACGGGUGGCCAAGAAGUGCCACUGCGAAGCCGACAGUGUCUGGAUUGAUGUUGAUGAGAUUGAACGGAAGCUUCGCGGGGAGGCAACCCCUGAAUACUAUGGAGAAUACGACAGCGACUUGGAUGCGAUGGAAGGUGUCUCGGAUCUUCUGACUCCGCCCCGCAGUGUUCCCGAGAAGCCAUCUACUCGGGGGCGCAAACGGAAGCAGGACGGCGAAACCACCAAGGCGAAACGUAUGCGCAUGAGUCUGGAUGUUCCUCGGAAAAUCCCCUGCGUUUUGUGUCCCAACAACCUCGAUUACGAAGAUCUCUUACCCACCGAGGAUGGCAAGGCACAUGCCCAUCGGCGUUGUGCUCUGUAUACAGAGGAGACAACUAUCCUGCGGGACGACAGUGGACGGGAGGUGGUGUGCGAUGUGGAUAAAAUCCCAAAGGCUCGCAUGGGCCUCAAGUGCCUUUUCUGCCGCGAGGUGCGCGGUGCUUGCUUCCAGUGCAAUUUCGGCAAAUGUACCCGCUCCUACCAUGCCACUUGUGCGCUUCUGGCUGGCGUACAAGUGGAGGAAGGUGUGAUCGCCGUGAUCGCCGACGAUGGCGAGCAGUAUUCGAUUCCUAGCGUGGACCUUAAAUGCAAGUACCACCGCCAAAAGAAACCGUCGUGGAUGGGCAACAGCGAUUCGCUCGAUUUCGACCGCAAACUCAUGCAAACCGCCCGGCGUUUGGUGGCUGGGGAGCUAGUGCAGUUCCAGGCGGACAAGGAAAUCAAUGGGGCGGUGGUGCUCGAGAACCGACCUGAGGAACGAAUGUUGCUGGUCAAGGUGCUCCCUCGAGGGGAUGUAAUCGAAUUACCAUACCGCUGGAUGCUCGUGGUUCGACGGAGUAAUUUCUCACCGCUGGCACCAGGAACCAAGCCUCUUCCUGCCCACUUGGCUCGGAAGCCCGAGAGCCGGAAAGAGUUGGAGUCAGCCGUGCCGGUGGCAGGAAAUCCGUUUGGUGAUGGAGACUCCCCGUAUCAGUGGGCCGAAUUCGAGACGGUGGACAGCACUAGUUACCACAUUGCCCCACCGUCGGCGCCCAUCAACCUCAUGCAGGGCGAGAAGAUCUGGUAUUAUCUGGGCGAAUCGUCCACUGAAUGUAGGGCUCAAUAUACACACAACCCUACUGUGCCUGUCCACAACCAGCGGGCGAAUUUCCUGGACAGCGUUAAGUCCCUUGGCGCUGUGAUGGCCCGGGCCCCCUCUUACCAACCCCACCAUCGUCGUCUCCCUGCCACGACUCCGUAUGCCCCUCACCUUGCUGGCGUUCCUCCUCACAACCACCAUCUUCUGUCGCUGCCCACCGCCUCUGCUGUCGGUGUUGCUGCUGCUGCUGCUUCUGCCGCUGCCGCCAACAACAUUACGCAUACUCACACUAACGCUGCCGCUGCUGCCGCUGCCGCCGCCGUCGCUGCUGCUGCUCCCCGCCCUUCAUUGCUGCAGCAUUCUUCUCUUGCCCCUCCACGCCCUGCGCUUUCUGCUGCUGCUGCUGCUCCUCCUCCGCCUCCUGCUGCGAUGCCGUCUGCUUACCGUACCCUGCCAACGCAAUCUGCCCGUCAUGCCCCGUACCCGCACGUCACCAAGUCGCAUUUGCAGGCUCAUGCUCGUCAACACUCCCAGGCUCAUCCCACCCAUCAUUAUCCGCCAUCCCAUUUAUUACAACAGCAGCAGCAGCAGCAGCAGCAGCAGCAGAACAAUCACCACCAUCACCUUCCUGCGAAUAAUUUUGCCAAUGUUCGGGAGCUAAUCGCUCGCCGUCGCCUGGCCCAGAUUACCGACCAUGCCAAUGUCUUCGCCAGAUAUACCAUUGUCAGCCCCGAGAUGGUUGUUGACACGCUCCUGGGUCCGAUGGGAUCCGUCCCACCGCCUAAUGGCCUGGAGAAGUUGGAACUGGCUAUGGCUCAACAGCGGGUACAACCCCGGGCGCCUGAUGGCUCUGCUCUUUCGCUACAACCCCUGAACAUGCGAUCGGAGGAAGUGACUCGGCUGUUGCAGAUGCUCCGCUUCUCGUUGGUGAGUCAUCGGGACCGGCUUGAUGUGCUGCAAAAGAAGGAGCCGGAACCCAUCAAGCAAGAGGCGGUGAACGGCAGCGGCUUGGCGCUCUCGAAAGUGCCACGCACCUACGCUUAUCUCGAGCAACAGCGUGAGCAGAACCCGACCGUCUACCAGUCUCCCUACGACAUGCCGUCUGGCUUCACGGAGUAUGCGCAGAAGACAUUCGGCCUCACCCGCGUUGAACCCGAACUGCCCCGGCCUUCUCUCGCCAACGACUUCUUCGCCAGCCUCUCUCCUGCCGACCAAGAGAAGAUCCUGAAGACAUGCGGUAGUUUCGUGCAACGGGCCAUCGAACGGUCCGCCAGCCAUAGCCGUCAAAGUUCAGCUUCUAACCUCCGCCUGGCAACAGCCCUAGCUCGACAGACGGAGAACCCAACCAUUGAUAUCACGACGGUGGAGGACAUGCCGUUCCCGAACUUGGACCUGCCGUUGCACGCCGAUUCUCCCUGCUCGAAUUUCAGCCGGUCGCAUCUGCGGUUCCAGUCCCCAAACGACUUUGCUCAUCACGGCCCGGAAACCCAUCAUGACCACCAUGAUCUCUUUGGCGAUCAACAGGCGAAUACGAGGUUUUGGCAGCAUGGGCCGUGGGCCGCCGGCGAUGGAAACACUCCGAACGAAGAGAGUCGACCGUUCUUUGGCCCUCAUGAACGACUUAAGCAUGAUUAUGCGUCGUCCGAUAUCUCCUUGGGCCGCGGAGGUCCGGGUUCUUUGCACUCAGUCGAUAUGGCUGGGUUCGGCAUGGACGGGACGGAAGACAUUGGCGCGGUGCUCAGCCCCUAACCACGGAGCAGCCUACCCAGCACUCGAUUUAUAUGCCUGCGAUGACGUUUUGCAUCCUCAACUUUUUCCCUCACCAUUAUCACCAUGUAACGACUUAUCUGGAUUGACGACUGCAUGACUGGGCGUUUGCGAUUAUUUUUGUGCCUCUUUUCUCCUCCAUCCGGACGAUAAUCAUUCACAGUCGGAUCGGUCCUAGCUGGCUAGUGGUCCCUCCAUUUGGGGCCUUGUUUCGAUGAGGCCUUUGAUUGUCUCCUCUAUUUUCUUCUCUCAGGGAUUGAGGGGUGGAUGCCAAAAUCCGACCGUUUUAAGAAUCCGCACGACCGGAGGAUCAA